UCAACCCAAAUAUCCUAUAGCAUUGCUCCAGACAAAACUGUAAGUCCAAAAUCCCAAAAUCUGCAAAUGCAGUUUUAUCUCUGUCCCCAUCAAUCACCACCUCAUUGUCUACAUAUGAAUUCGUUCCAUAUGCACUCAAAUCCUUAUUUCUCUGAGUGAGGUCACACCAGACAAUUUAUGAGUUUCCUUUGGCUAUUCUCUUAUCUCGACCGACCUCAAAACUACUUCCACUAUAAAUUCUCAAACGAACCAAAUUCUUCGUCACACCCACAUUGAUUUCAGAAUCUCACUCUAGUCAUUUUUACAAAGAUAAUGAUGAUGAUAGAGAGUUGGGCAUCCACAGUAGUUGUGAUUGUGUGUGGGAUAUACACAAUCUACUAUGCUUUGAGGAUGUUCAAUAGCUGGUGGUACAAACCCACCUUGAAGAAGGACAGUGCCCCUCUUCCACCAGGAGAUAUGGGGUGGCCCUUCUUGGGCAACAUGCUUAGCUUUCUCAGAGCUUUCAAGUCCACCAACCCAGAGGCCUUCAUUUCAAGCUUUGUUUCCAGGUUCAGGAGGGUUGGUCUAUACAAGGCAUUCAUGUUCGGGAAGCCCACAAUUUUAGCAACAUGUCCAGAAGUCUGCAAGCUAAUUCUAAUGGAUGAUGUCCAUUUUAUUCCUGGGUGGCCAAAAUCUGCUGUUGAGCUUAUUGGCAGUAAAUCCUUUGUGGGUAUCACCUUUGAGGAACACAAGCGUCUUCGCAAGCUCACUGCAGCACCAGUAACUGGAAAUGAGGUCUUAUCAAAGUACUUAACUUGGAUUGAGCAAACUGUGGAUUCGGAUUUAGAGAAGUGGUCCAAAAUGGACAAGGUUGAUUUUCUCACACAUAUUAGAAAGCUUACUUUCGACAUAAUCGCAUACAUCUUCCUCAGUAAUGAGACAAAUGAGGAGAUAAUGGCUCUAGAAAGGGAGUAUACUACUCUGAAUUUGGGUGUCAGAGCCAUGGCAAUCAAUUUACCUGGUACUGCAUACAAUAAAGCCCUUAAGGCAAGGAAAAAUCUGGUGGCCAUUCUUCAGUCAAUGAUUGACAGGAGGAGGGCAGAACAGGGAGGAAAGGAAGAUAAGAAAGUAGAUAUGUUAGAUGUAUUACUCAAGGUGAAGGAUCAACAUGGUAGGCUGUUAGAAGAUGAGGAGAUUAUUGAUUUAUUAGUCAUGUAUUUGAAUGCGGGGCAUGAAUCCUCUGGGCAUAUGACCAUGUGGACUGUUGUUUUUCUACUACAGAAUCCUGAAAUGUAUGCAAAAGCAAAGGCUGAACAGGAGGAUAUCGUUAGAAGGAGGCCAGAGGGACAAAAGAACCUCGUAUAUUCAGAACUUCGAGAAAUGGAAUACCUUCAUAAGGUUAUAAACGAAAGCCUCCGCUUAGUGAGCUUUUCAUCAAUGGUUUUCAGAGAGGCUCUAGAUGAUGUUGAAUUGAAUGGUUAUACAAUUCCAAAGGGAUGGAGAAUACAAAUUUGGAUGAGGAAUGUACAUCUGGACCCUGAAGUUUAUCCUCAUCCAAAGAAAUUUGAUCCAGAAAGAUGGGAGAAUUUUGUUCCCAAGCCAGGGAUGUUUGUGCCCUUUGGAUUGGGAAGCAGAUUGUGUCCUGGCAGUGACCUAGCAAAGAUGGAGAUAUGCGUUUUCAUCCAUUGUAUGCUUCUUCAAUAUGAAAUACAGCGUUUAACACCAGACUGCAAGGUGAGAUAUUUGCCUCAUCCUCGCCCCGCUGACAAUUGUCCUGUUAGAGUGAGAAAGUUAAACUCAUCAUGAAAGUUUUGAAUAUCAGCUGCUGCUGAAAUGAACAGAGAGACUCUCUAACAAAUUUUUGUUAGACUUAGCCAAAUUUAUAGAGAAUCAUAUAGAAGGGUAUGUUCCCACUUGGGCACUCCCAUUUUGGUGGGCACCUAGCUUCCUCUGAUACAGGAAAACUUUUAUGUAAAUGCUAUCUACAUGGUGAAAAUCAAAAUAGAGCCAUAAGAAACUGAUUAGAGAGUAAUGGCAGUUAAAGACUAAAUCUAUUAUUGAAAUAAAUGUACUAAUCUAAUAGAAAUGCAAUGGAGAUAACUAUUUAUAUCUUA